AUGGCCUCCCAAGGGCGCGACAGGCUGAUUCUACGAGAAGACAUCAUUAGCGACAACAAGGUGGCUUCUUCAAGAGAUCCCAGUUCAGUCCUGCGCAACCAUAUAAUGCUCACCAAGGAAGAGAAACUCGCUCUCAUCCAACAUGCCCAAGAAUAUGCCUCGGUUCUGGUUCACCAACGAGGACAAACUACCGCCAACUCGGAGAAGCUUUUGAAGAAGUUCUACGCCGAAAUAUUUCUCCAUUGGUCAACUUCGCAAAAGAGAAAUAUUGGCCCAUCAUCCACUUGUCGCGAAGAUUCGCAGACUCUUUGUGGCAAACCUGUUUAUUUAAGUUUAAGCGUUAAUAAAGACGCUGAGUCCAUAGAGUGGACUUGGAACGACAGUGAUGGUCGGAGUAUUGAUCCAGAUCGUAUUGAGUUUGAGCCAGGCCUCACCGUCACUCAAGCCAAGAUCAAUGCUAUUCACAACUACGACAACCAUGAGCGGCGGCGAAUCAGUUCCUACAACACUCAGCAUAUCAUCUGCGCUACGCUUAGCAUUCUAGUCAAGUGGGCAGCUUGUGGAAGUGAGGGUCCGCUCAAGAUCGAGCCAGAAGACAUGGUCAGCAGAAUCCAGCCACUUGUGCUUGCAUCGGACCUUGCCCGCUACAUGGCCUUCACGUACUCUCGGAUUGUGGAAGACAUGGAUGGAGAAAGCGAGGGUGGAACUGAAGACCCUGACUCUGACUGA